GCCCCCCAUAGAUGCUCGAAGUCACAUAGAUAAGUUCAUGGCCUUGUGGUUGUCUGGGACCUGCUCAAGUCGAUCACUACCUUGUGCGUGGAAGGUGACACACUUUUCUUUGCGAGCAAGAGCCGCGCCAAAGGUGUUUUGUACUCCGACAUUGCGUCGAAAGAUGACGUUUUGCUUCGGCGGCUUCUCUGCCAGCGCUCUUUGGAGCAGCACGGUCUCCCGUUGCUACAGCCGGGGCUCGAAGGCAUGUCCUGGGGGCGAGGAAGAGAAACACACCACAAGGCCUCCGCUGGAAGAGCUCUUCGAGGUUCUCGAGCAGCGUCGCGACGACCUCCGGACCAUGCCUCCGGAUGUGGCGCAACGCAUCACGAGAUCCUUGGACCGACUGAAGGCUGAGGACUUGAUGGUGGGGCCAGAGAUGAUGCAGCGCCCCUUCCUGGAGGUCGGCUACAUGGACGUGGGUCAAAACUCUGAUGUGACCCUAUGCAUGUUCCUCCUGAAGAAGGGCGCCUCGAUCCCGCUGCAUGACCACCCGCAGAUGCACGUCUUCGGACGGCUGCUCUUUGGACAGAUGCGUGUCGUCUCGGUCAACUUGGAGGGUGCUGUACCCGUCAAGCCAAUGGACCCAGGCGAUGAUGCUCGUAACAGUGGCAAGCUUCGCCGCAGCCGGAGCAGGCAAUGGGCUCGAGUGUUCUCCUCUGAGGUCUACGGCCCUGCCCCAAGGACGUAUUCUCUUACUCCAGAUGUGGGCAACAUGCACACGUUGGAAGCCGUUGAGGACUGCUGUUUCUUUGAUGUGGUGACGCCCCCAUACAACCCGGACGAGAGCCGGGAUAUCACGUACUACCGUUCCAAAAAGGACCUUUGGAGUGCGAGUGUGGGUGAGCUUUGCGAGAUACAAGAACAUUGGCCUCGCCAUUUCUAUACGGAACCUAUUCCGUACAAAGGACCUCGCCCAGAUGCUUUCUAGAAUUUAA